AGAAACAGAGGAAGCAGAAGGAUGAGACCACACAAUUAUACAGAGAGACGCUGGAGACGAUGUCUGUGACCUUGUCUCAUCCAUCAUCAUGUCUUCUCCUUCUAAUCCUUCUCUUUCCCGGCCAUCCCUCUGCCUCCGGAACCUCCAUCUCCGACAUGGUGAACACUGCGGCGCGUGUGUUAAACAGAGCGAGAAGAGCAAGACACUCGAGAGAAUUCCUACACGCGCACAACAUUGCCCGGGAGUCUUCAGGCGUGCCACCUCUCGAAUGGGACAAAGGCCUGGCCCGGUUCGCUGAUAAAUGGGCUAAACAACGUAAGCCCGUUUGCAAUAUGAUGCAUUCAGAUGGUCCUUACGGCGAGAACAUAUUCUGGUACCGGCGUAAGAAGACGUGGUCGUUGGAGAAAGUGGUGACGAGAUGGUUCGAGGAAAGGUUUAACUACGACACGAAAACGAACACGUGCGCAUCAGGUGAGAUGUGCGGCCAUUACACGCAGAUGGUGUGGCGAGCCACCAGAGCCGUUGGAUGUGCACGCGUGAAAUGCGAUAAUGGCCGUGGCUAUCUUGUGGUGUGUGAGUAUGAUCCACCUGGAAAUUACGAAGGUGAAAGCCCUUUCGAUCAAAACACUGUUAAAUGAAAGAAGAAGAAAAUGUUAGAGAUUGAUUGAAAACAAUUUUUUUUCCCAUUAUAUAAUGAAGAAAAUAUACAUUGUAUCUGUAUUACUAUUCUUGGUCCAUGCAUAA